AUACUCCUUUGUUUAUCCAAUCUUUUCCGCUCCUUCUCUCCGAUUUUCGUUUUUUUGUUGAAAUCAAUUAGUAAUCUCAAUAUUCAUAAACCCUAACCCUCAAAUUUCUUGAUUUCUUUCUCAUCAAUGGAGACUCCUAUGGCUGCUUUAACCAACAGCAACACCAAAUCAACAAGAAAAAUGGAAGAUUCUGAUUUGUCCUUAUCUAAAUCAAGACAAAGAACAGCAAAACAAGAUCGAUCAGUAUUAGUCGACAUAACAAAUGAUUCUCCAAUUGUUGGACUUGCGAGUGGAAAUUUGAUUGAAACCCCAAUUUCAUAUGUUUCAAAACAGAAGAUUCAUUUUUGCAAGAAAACUCCUGGUUCAGGCGAAGAUUUGCUUCGAGGACAAGUCAAGAACUUACUGCAAAAGGUUGAAGAAGAAGCUGAGAUUUCUAAGUUCUGUAUUCAAAACUGUGGCCGGGGUCGCCAUGGAUUUAAAGCUAUCUUUAAUUCUCCGGCAAGUCUUGUUGCUCCAACUCCGGUUAAUACACCACAAAUUCUGAAUUUCUCCUCUGUUGAUGAGUUUGAAUCAUUAAGUCCUGUUUCUGAAACUCCGAUUGAAGAUCAACUAAUUUUUCCCCAGGUGAUGAGUGGAGUAAUUGAUGAGAAGAAACAAUCAGAAUCUGAAGAUAUAAUAUCAAGGUCAUUAUUUCUAGAUUUCUCUGAAAAAUCAGACUCCUCAUCAGAUUCAUCAGCUGUGGUGACUACCCAAGAAACCCAAGAAAAGACAGUGCCUUUGGAUGAUGAUGAUUCUUCAAUAUGGUCUAUUCAAGUGAAUGCAAGCAUCCGAGACGACGACGAGGGUGAAGAUGAAGUGAAUCAAGAUGAUGAAGAUGGUGAGUUUUAUGACGAUGAUGAAGAAGAAAUGGAGGAUCAUAGUUUGUGUAUUGAUGAAUUGUGUGAAGAAAUAAGCAAUUUAACCAUGGAUUUUGAGAAGAAAGGAACAAAAUUGAUGGGGAAACAUAUAAGAUUUGUGUAUCAUAGUGAUGAUGAAUUUGUUGAGGAUUAUGAAGAAGUUUUGCAUUUAAAGGGAUUGCCAACUCCAACAGGAAAACAUGUUCGUUUUCAAGAUGAAGAUGAAGAUGAAGAUCAAAGAAAUUGAAUGGUUUGGACUAAGCAAGUUUGAGUUUUUUUAUUGUACUUUUGGUUGUAUCAAAUUUGAGGUUUCUCAAGAAGAUUUGUUGUUGAUUGAUUUAAUCAAUCAAUCCAUAUUAGAUUUUGUUGGAAA